CGCGGGUCCUCUCUCUGGGACGUUCACAAUCCCUCGAUGGUUCCGGGCCCCCCAGGCAACCGGCGACCCAUCGGGAAACAAUUCAUAGGGGGGGGGGGGUGGAUAUGACAGGGAAAAACAAAAAGGGGGAGGGAAUGGCAGGGAAAAGGAAAAAAGGGGAAGGGGAGGGCGCCAAGGAGGCCUUUGUGCCGGUCAAGGACGACGACCAGCGCGAGGUUAUUCGCCGCUGCUGCAUAUUCAAGUACUUGACGAAGGGUCAGACGCUGGAGAGUUGCAAGGGCAACUUCAAGAUGAAGUGCCGCUUCUGCGACAAACCACCUUUCCAGGGCAGUCAGGCGCGGGGUGCUGAGCACUUCACGAAGGGUAGGUGCCCCAAGGUGACACCAGAGGUCCUCGUUGACAUUUGGAAUACCACACAGUACCCUUUCGACCAGCGGCGAGAGAGACAGGUGCGGGAUUACAUGGAGUAUCGUGGCAUCCGGAAUAACAGAGAGGUGGGAGUUGGAGUGUCGGAGGAUGACGAGGUGCAGGAUGUUUUGGACAGGGAGGGGGUGGACAACGAGGGAGGACAGUGUGGCGGCGAGGACGAUGAGAUGGACACAGGGGCGGAGGGUGGGGGCGAGGGACCGACGGAGGACGGUGUCAGACUGGAUGAGAUGUACGACCCGGAGUGGCAGACCACCUUCGACCAUCUCUUCCUGCAGUGGUGGUAUAUUGGCGGUGUCCCAUUUAAGAGGGCGAGGAUGCCCGAGUACAGGGCCCUCACGAGACAUUUGCAGAACAUGCCCCGGGGCAUGAAACCUACUUUGCCCCAGUUCAAGCGCAUAGCAGGCAGUGGCAUACAGGAGGAGCGUGCAUACAUAGCUGAUAAGCUACGUGACAUACGCGAGCACAUGCAGCACACAGGGGCUACCAUCCUCACGGAUGGGAGGAAGUCCCUGAGCUCUGAGCCCAUCGUGAACUUCCUGGCAGCAGGACAGUCGGGCGCCUUCCUUUUCACGACGGUGCCCAGGGAAGGGGUUGACGCAGAGACGUCAGACAUCGUCUUGCAGCGCUGGAAGAAGGUGUUCGAGAAGUUCGGCGUGAAGAACAUCAACGCCAUCUGCACGGACUCUACAUCAUUUUAUGUCGUCGUCGGUCGAGCGCUUUGCAACGAUCCGGAUCCAAAUAUCCGUCGCAUCCCUUGGCUCCCUUGUUCUGUCCAUUGCUGCAACUUGAUGUUGUCAGACAUGGUCAAGGAUAAGACAUGGGCUAUCGAGUUGUUGACCAGGGCGAGGGCGGUUGUCCGAUUCAUUAGAUGUUACGGAUCGGCUCUCGCGUUGUUCAGGAGUUACAGCGCGAGGGCCGAUCGCGAUGCACGUGCGGACCGUUUGGGUGGCAGCGCCGCGGGCGGAGAGGGGACAGUGGGCAGACCACGACGCGACCAAGAGUUGUUGUACCCCUGCCAGACGCGAUUCCCGUCUAUCUACAUCAUGAUGGAGAGGUUGCGCGAUCGCAGGGUUCCACUUGAGACGAUGAUGUUGGAGGGGGAUUGGGCGCGACUUCCAUGGGAGAGGAGGCUACUCGGGCAGGCCGGGUGGGUGCGCACGCAGGUGCAAUGUGGGCUGUUUUGGGAGGAGAUGGAUGAUCUCAUCGACCUCUUCACCUCGAUCGUGCAGUUGUUGAGGAUGUUGGACCAGGGGGGUUGGGUGAUCUCUUGCAUCUUUCGGUGGGUGACCCAGUUGGCCGAGGAGAUUCGGAAGUUGGAGUCGACGAGACCUCGCCUGGUUGGCAUGCUGAAGGAUUGUUACGCUCGUGCAUGCCAUCUGCUCGAGCCCGCCCAUGCUGCCGCCCAUCUUCUUAAUCCCAAGAGGCGGAACUUCGUUUACUUCCAUUCUCCGAGGCGCACCGAUCAGCAGAAGAAGGUGGCGGAGAUGACACUUGAGUACAUCUACACGCAGACGGGCUUCGACCGGCAGGGAGACAGGUACAGCUGUGCCCCUGAGCUGUGUGCCAUCGCCACACGUCUGAUGUACACGUGGGUCUGCGCCUCUCCUGCGGAGAGGAACUGGGCGUUGCACGAGCGUAUCCACGAGAAGCGCCGCAACGGGUUGGACUUCACGAAGCUGACUGAAAUGGUGGAGAUGUGCACGAACAAGAAGCUCCUGGCGUGUAGACAGAGGAGGAGGGGACUUGUUCUGUCGUGGGGUGAUCUUGAGGAGGGGUUGGACGACGUCCCGGAGCCGCGCAGAUCAGGCACUCUGCCGCCGGGGUCAUUGACGGACGAGGAGAUUGCGCGCCAGGCGCGCAGGAUGCAGCGUGCCUCGACGGUUCGCCACCCCCCUGCGGUUCAGACUGUGUUUGGUCGUCGUGCAGCUCAUAUCGAGCUGUACCACGAGGAGAUCGAGUACGAUCCAUCCACGGACCCGCAUGCUGCAGACGAGAUGGAGGCAAAGCCCUGGACGGACCCGGAGGACUUGGAGCAGAGAGGCAGUGACACGCCUGAUGUUGGUGAUGAGUCCGACGGAGAGAGUGAUCAUGAGGCUGUCAGUGAUAUGCGUUCGCGGGAUCGGCAGAGCCAUUGUGAUGUUGAUCGCAUGACCCCUCCCUUGACUAGGAGUGCGACGGAUAGAGGGCGCAGGCAGACACAAGUUGUGCGCUCGUCGAGCGAGGACGAGGGAGGUGACAGGUUUGACGACGGAGAUGCCGCCGAUGACGAGGACUCCGACGUCGAGAGAGAGGGACCCGACCGGGACAAAGGACAUGGGGACGAGCAUGGAUUCGACGGCGGUGACGGCAGUGGGCCGAUUGAGGACGGAGCGGGUGGUGCCUUACUUGUUACUCCUGGCCGCAGUGCAGCGGGUGGGGGUGGUAGCGGCGGACAUGGAUUUGGUUUGGAGGACACGACCAGGGCGAGGGAGAUGGGGUGUAGUGUAGAGGAGGUAACUGCCGCCAGACUAGCAGCAGACUGUAGACACGGUGGUCCUGCAGAUGUUGCAGAUGGUGGAGGACUCUACACAGAGGGACACGUGGUGGAUCGUGCAGACGACCACCAAGAGGACGCGAGGGUAGGGUUAGGUGGUUUACGUGGGGCCAGCGACACGGUACUACCCACUACUGAUGAGGCGGACGGGGGCGACGGCGCAGCCACGACAGACGCAGGGGGGUUGCUUGGGUGCGAUGGCACGGAGGUGGAGGGGCAGGUGGAUAGAGCACUUGUCGGCGUUGCCGUUGCCGCAAUGGAGGAUGUGGUCGCAGUGGAUCACACUCAGGAUGGUCUUGUUGCGGUGGAUGCUAUGGUUGCACAUUGCAACGAGGAGGAGAGACAGGUGGACCCCGGGGAUGUUGUUGCACACCCUGUAGAGGCACACGUGCCCAACAUGUCCCCACUCGAGCGCCACACUGCUGGGAUUGAUCCAAGGGUUAUCGAGUCGGGAGGGGUAUCAUGGGGAGUAGGGCCAGUUGCUGCAGGGACACGACCAGCAUGUGCAGGGCCGGUGAGUGGACGGGGAGGUGAGUCUGGUGGCAGUAUUGUCGGCGGGGGAGGUGGUCCCGCAGUUGUCGGCGGACGGUCGGGCCUUUCAGGCGGGAGUGUUGGUUGGGGAGAUGGUUCUGCUGCGCCGGCGACGGCAGGAGGGCGCGAGCAAGUGCAGGGUUCUCCAUCACCUUCAUCGAAGGCGAAGGGGAAGUCCGUAUCGUGGAGCGGCAUCAGCAGGGUCACCCGCAAACUCAAGGAUGCUAUGCCUGGGGUCACGGGUGAGAGGAGGGAUCGUGAGGGGAGGUUGACAGAGAUGUUUGCGGAUGCAGCAGGCUGGGUACGGAAGGGAGACAGGUUGGAGCAUCCUGGUGCCGGGUCAUCGUGUGCUGCAGAUCAACGGGGCAGCACGAUGGUUGCACCGCCGUCACAACCGCCCACAGCAGGUGUGGCACAGCGAGAUGGUCAUCGACGUCCGAAAGGGCGACCUUCCACACGUGCUUUGCCAGGUGCCCAACCACCCCCAGCAUUGGUGGAGGAUGACCCUAAUCCUGUCACUUUGCAGACGAGUCGUGGAGGUUGUAUUUCUACUGCACACACGAUACUGGAUGAGGAGCCGCGACGUCAGACAGGUACAGGACCGGGCAGUCGUCGAGCUGCUGGGGGCCGCACGGAGGAUUCAGCGACGGAUGGGGUGCCCAUGCCUAGGGGUAGGAAGACAUACACGACUCUGACUGGCGUUUUGGGACGUUCUGCUGGAGGGGGUGUUGAGAGAGAGGCGGAGGUCCAGGAGGCAGAGAGGGUGGCAGCCAGAGCAGUUGCCAGUCAUGCCGUGUCUGCGUCACAGCAUCCAGGGGAGGGAGAGGAGACGGCGACGAAGGUGGCGGCGAGAGCGCAUCAUCGACGAUGAUGACACAGACGAGGGGCAGUGCGAUGCGCCGUAGACUAUGACUUCGAUUUCG